AUGGGAAGAAACAAUAACGUCACUGUGUUUAUUCUCCUGGGGCUUUUCCAAAACAAGAACUCGGAAACACUGUGCUUUGUGUUGUUUUUAUUUUGCUACACGGCUAUUUGGGUGGGAAACUUGCUCGUAAUGAUUUCCAUCACGUGCAGUCAGCUAAUUGAACAACCCAUGUAUUUCUUCCUCAAUUAUCUCUCUCUCUCGGACCUUUGCUGUACAUCCACGGUGACCCCCAAGCUCAUGGCAGACUUGCUGGCAGAAAGGAAGGUGAUUUCCUAUAAUAACUGCAUGAUACAGCUGUUCACCACCCAUUUCUUUGGAGCCAUAGAGAUCUUCAUUCUCACGGGAAUGGCCUAUGACCGCUACGUGGCCAUCUGCAAGCCCCUGCACUACAGGGUCGUCAUGACCAGGCGAAAGUGCAACACGAUCGUCGCAGCUUGCUGUACUGGGGGAUUCAUUCACUCUGCCAGUCACUUUCUUCUCACCAUCUUCUUAUCAUUUUGUGGCCCCAAUGAGAUCGAUCACUACUUCUGCGAUAUAUAUCCUUUGUUGAAAUUGUCCUGUUCUAAUACACGAAUAAUAGGUGUUUUAGUCAUUGCUACUUCAGGCCUGAGUGGUUUAGUGAGCUUCGUUACCUUGCUGUUGUCUUAUUUCUUUAUACUGUACACCAUCAGAGCGUACUCUGCAGAGAGUCGCCGCAGAGCUCUUUCCACUUGCAGUUCUCAUGUAACCGUUGUGGUCUUGUUUUUUGCACCUGCUCUGUUCAUUUACAUUAGACCCGCCACAACGUUCCCAGAAGAUAAAGUGUUGGCUCUCUUCUACACCAUCAUCGCUCCCAUGUUCAACCCUCUGAUCUACACGCUGAGAAACAUGGAGAUGCAGAAUGCCUUGAGGAAAGUUUGGUGUCGUCAAGUAAUCCUAAAAGGAAAUUCACCUUUCUGA